AUGGAUGAUGUGAAGUCUCCCGGUAUUUUGGAAGAAAAUCUGACUACUGAUUUACGUUUCCUGGAAGAGGAGAAUGCUGAAAAAGAGAUCAUACCAGAACAAUUCUGGCAAGCUGAGGAGAGCUGGAAAGGACUCAGAUUUGAAGAUGAGUACAAUGAAGAGUUCUGCAAAGUUGCUUCUGAAGGAGAUGGGGAAGAUUCUGACGCUAGUGGGGAGAUCCCGGGACAGCAUGCAACCCACAGCGGCAGAAGACUCAUGAGCUACCCGGAUCGAGUUCGCAUACUCAACUUGCGCCGGAACCUGAACCAGCUCGACAGCCUUGCCAAAGAAAAGAGUAUAAUCUUUCGAAAAACCAGGGAAGAACUGAAUGCCUGCCAUUUGCGGAUCGAGAUGCUAACAAUGCAACAAAGGGACGUGGAGAGAGAGAUUGGGAGAGAGAAGGAGGCUGGAAAUACAGCGGCGGUGUUCCGCCUACAGGCGACGCAGAGGCGUUUGUGUGAUGAACUGGUAAAUGAAAAGGACCUGGAGUCCAAAAUUGCUGAGAUGCUGAACGAAAACAUGCUCGGGAUGUGGAAGAUAGAAAUCGAACAAGGCAAGUUUGCAGACCUCCGUAAGGAGAUCACACAGGACGAGAAAGAGCUUGAGCAGCAGCGCCGAGAGCAAGCGGAAGGACGGCUCGAGAAGCAGGCGGAGCGAGUGGUGAUGCUGAACCAGAAGCACCUGGCCGCAGAGAGAGAACAGAAGGAAGCCACUGGGGAUUACGAGCAAAAGGUUUCCAAAGCUUUGGACGAGGCUCGGAGGAACCGCGAAAAAGCUGUACAGUUUCUGAAGUCCAGCUUGGCCAGGUCUUCCAUUUCAACCUCUCCUUACAGUUAAAUUUCAAAGAGCGUUCGAGAGCAAGAAGCCAGCGAGGAACAGAAGCGCCAGGAGUACAUGCGUAGAAGGAUGGAAACGGUGUUAUCUCUGAAGAAUGACAUCACUUCCACUCGGGAAAAUCUCCGAACCCUCCAGGCCCAAGACAAAGCCCAUGCGAUGGAAGCCAAAGAGCAAGAUCAGAAGAUGAAGGAGGCCAUCCAGGCCGAGGGCCUCAAUGUCAAGUGGGAGUUUUUGCUCCAUAAGCGACAGGAAGAGUUUGAGCGACAGAAGAAGGAAAUUUUGGAACAGCAGAAAGAGAGGAAAAUUGAAAUCGUAGCUCGGAUUUUGAGAGAAGAAGCUCAGCUGGAGAAAGUGAGGAAGCAGUCACGCCCACGGAGACACAAAAACCAGGGGAAGCUCUCUGAUUCUGUAAUGUGGCGUAGAAAAACAUGGCGGUAUAUAGAGAACAAAUGUGCCAAACCGGAUGCAAUUCCUACUCAGAAAUCCUGUCGCACGCCUUCGCCGCCUUCUUCUCCAGAUGACCUAGCUGGUGUUCGGAGCGAGUCUACUUGGAAAGUAACCCAAGAGAUGUCACCUGAACGCAAAGAUGAAGGAAAGGAGGAAGACUUGAGGGAGACUUUAGCCGAACCAGAGUUUACAGGUCUUUGGGAUCAAGAGUACGACAUAUCCAAGGUGCCAGAUAGCAGAACGGAUUCCAAACCUUUGGGUGCCAGUAAACUGGAGAAGGAUAUCUUUGCUCAAAACUUGGAGAAGCUGCACAGCGGAAUCAUUCACAAACACCGAGUCUCUGGGCGUGAAUUUAAGGGGUGCCCUUUCUACAGCAAGCCAAGCCUUAUUCACUUCAAGGACUUUGACGUCGGCAAAACUUAUAAAAAGAAGAUGAUUUUGAUCAACGCCUUCUAUAGCAUUAACUACUGCAAGCUGGUGGGAGUUAGUGAACACCUCAAGGACUUUUUCACUGUUCACUUUGACCCUCCCGGCCCCAUGUCUGCCGGAAUGUCCUGCGAAGUCGGAGUGACCUUUAAACCAAUGAUAAAUGAAGAUCUCGAAGGAGAAGUAACUUUUUUAUCUCAGAUUGGCUCCUUUUCAAUCCCGUUAAAAUGUUCAACCAAGAAAUGUGUGCUGGCGCUCGAUAAAGAGCUCAUUGACUUCGGCACUCAUGUGGUGGGAGAGACAAUUUCACGGAUCAUCACCUUGACGAACAGUGGGGCCUUGGCGACACGAUUCCAGCUUCGCAGAUCAGCCAGUUCAGACGCCACGCACCCAGUGACAUCGCCCCCUUCCUUCGAGAGAGCGGUCUGUAGACGUUUGGCGGACAAAAUCUCCACUGAGAAAGGCAGCAGCACCGGUCUAGCUGAGUCCGUUGUUGAGAAGGAUAACAUUUCUUUUCACCAUUCUGAGGAAAUUAUACAGCACAUCGGCCUCCCCGAGAGAUCGAAAACUGAUGUCCUCUCGACCACCAGCCAUUUAGGAACGACGAGUGAUCUGGGGUCUGUGCUGGAAGUAACAGACGAAGCUUCGCUGUGCUCUCUGGUCCUGAGCCCUCUGGAGCAACAACCCCAGGAAGAACUAGCUGAAAUUACAUUGGGCAAGGUUACAGAAGGUGAUAUUGGACCCUUCAGCUCUGUCAAGCUUCAUAUUAUUUUCACACCAGCAGUUCCUGGGGAUGUUCGUGCUGAAUUCAACAUUACUUUCGACAACCCAGAUUGCAAUCCUUUGCAUUUCAGCGCCGUUGCCGUUUCUGUGUCUGUGCCGGUGUGGGUGCCCAAUCCAGAUGUCGACCUCAAAAUCUGUAUGUACGACAGGCUGUAUCAGGACUGCAUCAUCAUUCAAAGUAGAGCAACAUCCGCGCUGCGCUUGAGGUUUGAGGUUUGCAACGAAUUGGCCAACCACAUGGAACUGCUUCCAAAGACCGGCUACAUUCAAGCCCAUUCCUCCUUCAGCGUGCAGCUGAAGUUCCUGCCAAGAAAAUCUCUUCCAGAAGAUGCGGGAAAGUACUUUGAUGAACAGACCAGGGUCUUGGAAGUCCCAAUGACCAUAGUAGUUUCAGAUCAGAGAAAGCCAGUUGAAUUUUCCGUCCACGCAGUUGUCACCACCUCAGAUCUGGAGAUCAAUCCAGCGGAAGUGAAUUUUGGAUACUGCUCUAUCUACGAAGCAAUCCAGAGCACGAUCACGCUCACAAACAAAUCUAUUCUACCGCAGGAGUUUGGCUUUGUAGGACUCCCGGAGUUUGUAGAAAUUCAACCCAAUGAUGGAUUUGGAACUCUCCUCCCGCUUGAAAGUCUGACCCUGGACAUCAUCUUCAAAGCCAACAAGGCAAAGGAAUAUAACUUUGAGCUGACCUGCAAGACAGAGAUCAACAGACAAUUCAAGCUGUCCUGCACAGCCAUCGGUGUCCACCCCCCUCUGGAGCUCUCGCAUUACUUGGUUCGGUUUUCUGCCACCGCUCUCAAUGACCAUUCGAAGGCCACCCUCUUUGUAAUCAACAACCACGUCAGCCUCAAUCCGUUCACUCACGCCAUCCCGAGGAUCGGCAAGGGGGACGUCGCCCCCGUCGGGCCCACUUCCUUCCAGUUCCUCAUCCCGGAAGACUCCCCCAUCACGAUCAUGCCGUGCGUCGGAACGGUUCUGCCUGGAAAGAAGUGCUUGGUGGAAGCGACUUUCCACCCAGUGGUGAGCGAACAGCUGAUCAGGCAAGAGGCGGUUGAAAUGAUGCGCCGGGCUGCUGAAAUGAAGGCGCUGGCGGAGAAGAAGGCCCGGGAGCUGGAACUGCAGAAGAAGAAAGAGGAGGCCCUAGCUGGACGUAGGAGACUGGGAAGCGGCUCCUUCCUGGGCCAGUUCUCCAGGGACAAAUACAGCAAACAUACAAUCAAGGUGUUUGAGAUUCUCGAACCGGAAAACAUUCUGCCAAAUUCUGAAGAAUAUAUUGCAGCUCAUUUGGCCCUGAUUCGGAGUUACACUGAACGAUUUGACAGCUAUAUUAUACCCUGCCUGGUCGCAAGUGGUGCUAUAGAUGAGAAGAAAGGACCCGAAAACUUGCAGUACAGUCCAUACAACACCUUGUACUUAGAGCUGCAUUGUCCUGCAAUGGCGCCCUCUCUGCUGCUGAUUUCGAACAAUGGUAGAAGCACCAUCAACUUUGGCUGUGUUGCUCUGGGGCACAGAAUUAAGAGAGAAAUCAGGAUACAGAACAUUUCCCAAGAACAACUAUCUCUGGGAUAUUCCCUCUUGAAUCCGUUUGGACCAUUCUGGUUGUUGAAUCCCAUUCGCACGAUUGGGGAAGGAGAAACCAAAGAGCUCAACGUCUCGUUCUGUCCUGAGGAAAGCAGAGUGUUUGCGGAAAUGCUGGAAAUCCGAUGCGAGAAAGCUACCCUCUCCAUCACUCUGACCGGCGAGGGAGUGAUCACUUCGAUCCUUUGCUCGGUGGAAGGAGACGUGUUCAACUUGGGAUAUAUCAUCGCCAAGGAAACGGUCACUUCCACUUUUAAGAUAGAAAAUACUUCCUCCAUAGACCUGAAAUUCUCCAUCCUUCUCGAGUCUCUCUCGCCAAACCGAGACAAAGAGCUGCAGAAGCUUCCUGCUUUCCUCACAUCUCAAGGAAAAAUGGACUUAGUUGGUACACAGAACUACAGCGGCCUGAGCGUGUUCAGCGUCUCCCCAGUCCAAGGCAUCAUCAGUACCGGGAAGACCCAGGAGUUCACCGUCACCUUCAGCCCCGACCACGAGAGCCUGUAUUAUUCCGACUGCCUACAGGUCAUGCUCUUUGACAUGGAAGUCAUCCGCGUCAUCCAGCUGAAAGGGUCAGCGAGGAACCACAUGAUGUACGUGGAAGGAGGCGACCCACUGGACGUACCCAUAGAGUCAUUGGCUGUGACAACAUCUAUGGCGGAAGAAGCCGCCAAAGCAGAAGGUGAGAGGGUCACGAAGCCCAUCCUUCUGAGGCUGGAGUGCAUUCAGUCCGAGACCACGGUGAUCCCCGGCGUCAGGGAGCUGAGAGUGGGUGCAAUACGAACGGCCCAGUUCACAUCGAAAAAGAAUGUAGAAUUCAGCUGGGAAAGCCUGUCGAUCCUGCAGAUGAAAGGAUUCACCAUCGACCCUGUGAAAGGAACGGUUGAACGCGGGCAAACCAAAGCCAUUACUGUUUCUUGGGUGCCCCCUGCUGGCUCAGAUCCCAAUCAGCUUGUGACAGGAGCAGCCAUGCUGACUCUGAAAGGGGACAUUAAAGAAGUCUACAGCGUCUACUUCGUGAGCAGGAUUGUGAUCAAGUCCUAG